AUGCGAGACUGGAACCCGCUCCUGGUCUGCGUCUGCGGCACAUUAUUUGCCACAUUCCUGAGUUUCGUCGUCCAUACAUUUGUUCUUAGUCGAGUCCCUGUGGGAUUAGAAUGGACAGGAAGGCGGUUGGAGUUCCUAGGAGACAUCAGGGCAUGUCUGCGCGAGUAUACCGCAGGAAUGACUACAAUCCUCUCUGGUUACAAAAGAUUCAGUUUGGAUGGGAAACCGUUCAUCAUGCCUGGAACGGGCUUCAAAACUGAAGUCAUGCUACCACCGGAACACAUCAAAUGGGUGGUUGAUCAGCCUGAGGAUAUUUUAUCUCAUCAGCAGUUUCAGGCUGAAAAAGUGGGCAUCAAAUACUUUCUACCUGGCUUCGACCUGUACUCCCCGAUUGCUGCUGUGGAGGCGCUUCGGCUUCACCUCACCCGCAGUCUUGGGAAAAUCCAGGGGGACCUCGUUGAUGAACUGCGUCAUUCAGUUGACGCCCAAUUAGGAGUGGACAAAGAGUGGAAAGAGGUGAACUUGCACAAUACCUUCAACAAUAUCGUCUUUAAAACGAGCGGUCGCGUUCUUUUUGGCAAAACUCUGGCCCGCAACGAUAAGUUCAUGUAUCAUCUUACGAACGUAUCUAUCUGGCUUGGUGCUGGCAUCCUCCUGGUUGGUCAGUUAUGUCCGUGGCAGCUCAGACGUGUAUUUGGCUUCCUUUUUUCUAUUCCAAUACUCUAUCAUCGCGCAAUAUGCACGAGGUACUUGCUGCCCUACUUUGUUGAACGACUCGACAACAUGCAGCGCAAGAGACAGGAUCCAUCAUUUGAGUAUUCUCCGCCGGAGGAUUUGAUUACUUGGACUUACCGGGCAGCAUUCGACAUGAAGGAUGGACAGAUGGACAGUGAAAAGGAAACUGUGAAAAAAUUUACUACUCUGAUCGCAGGGGGCAUUGGGACAUCCACCGCGGGAGCUAGCAACGUGAUCCUGGAUCUUAUUUCUUCUGAUCCUCAGGAGAACUAUUAUCACUUGCUGCGGGAGGAGUGCGAUUCAGCUUUUCAGACAAGCGAGGACUGGCAUAGUUCAGCCACGCUCUUAAAAUUGCAUCGCUUGGAUAGUACAAUUCGCGAGGGUCUCAGGCGUAGUCCUCCUAUGCUUCGGGGCCUUUCUCGAAUGGUGAUGCAAAAAGAGGGUGUCACUCUACCAAGCGGUCAACGCCUUCCACAAGGUUGUAUGAUCGGAUUCCCCGUCCCGGCCAUUCACACUGACUCCCGCUACUACGACGAACCUGAUGUAUACAAUCCAUUCCGCUUCUUGCCAACAAAAUCAACCCCACGCUCCAUGGUUGUAACUACCAGUCAAACUUUCCUUCCUUUUGGCCAUGCUAGGCACUCUUGCCCCGGUCGUUGGUUUGCGUCUCACUUGCUGAAAUUAAUCCUGUCAUAUGUAAUUAUCAACUACGACAUUGAGCCACUAAAGGAAAGGCCCCUUAAUCUUAUCGUUGGCGAUCUGGCGUUUCCUCCUCCGGGGACUACCAUCCGCCUACGCCGAAGGGAGAGAAGGGCAACUCAAAGCUAA